CAUAAGAACUGGCUUUUGUUGCGCUGAGGCUGAACAUUCUCCAAUGGUUGGGGGCUUUUUGCAGAAGCACUUUGUCCUCCGUGUGGUGUAGAGCUGAGAAUGGAAGAAGAAUCAACAUGCUUUCAUUGAACAGUAUUUAUUGUUAUGUGCCUCGUGUGAGCUGUCGAAGAGGAAUGGACACAAUUUACACUUCAGAGUAAUUGUUAAUUUUUUAUAGAGUUGAUGUUCCGUAAUACAUCAAAGAUGUCUUAUUUGUAAAAGUAAUCUAAACAGUGCUGCUAGAAUUAGCUUUGCCCCCCAAAUGAUCUAUCACUUAUUCAACUGACUGGAUAUUCUAAACAAAUGACCAAGAUGCUUCAACCGAUGUUGUUGAAUAGAACUUGAGAGCUGCUAUUCGAAAUAAUACGCUCAAUGUCGGUCAACUUUGCCUCUUUACCUCGUCAAGAAGACAGAAGAUAGCCAAUGUCUGCCUGCAGCAGUUCUUCCCCUCCACCCUUACCCAGACUGUGCCCCCUCUCUGUGGCUCCGAAUCCAGUCGCCACACCGACUCCUUCACCGUCUCCAAGCCCUCCGGCGACACUCUACAGUCGACUGUCAAAUGGAAGUCUCAGCYCCCCGAGCCCCACCAACUCCGGGUGCUCUUUCCACGGGGUGUCUUUUCUUCUCCAGAUCGGACUCACCAGGGAAACGGUGAACCUGGAUGCCAGCGAUCUGUCCGGGCUAUCUGCGGUGAAGGAGCUCGUAUGUUCAAUAGUGGACCAAAAGUUCCCAGAGUGUGGAUUCUUUGGCAUGUACGACAAGAUCCUUCUGUUCCGCCAUGACCUGACCUCAGAGAACAUCCUGCAGAGACUGACGUCAGCAGAGGACAUCCAUGAGGGAGACCUGAUCGAGGUGGUCCUCUCCGCUUUAGCCACUGUCGAGGACUUCCAGAUCCGGCCCCAUGCCUUGUAUGUGCACUCCUACAAGGCCCCGGCUUUCUGUGAUGACUGUGGGGAGAUGCUGUGGGGCCUGGUCCGACAGGGCCUCAAAUGUGAAGGAUGUGGGCUGAACUACCACAAGCGCUGCGCCUUUAAGAUCCCUAACAACUGUAGCGGGGUGAGAAAGAGACGGCUCUCCAACGUGUCCCUGCCUGGAGCUGUGCUGUCCGUCCCCCGCCCAGCCCCCAUCGAACAUGUCCCUGUUUCCCAGGAAGAGCAGCGCCCUCUCCAGGGGGCAGGGAAGGGUAACAGCCUGUUGAGCGGCAGGCCUAUCUGGAUGGAGAAGAUGGUGCUGGGAAGGGUCAAGGUGCCUCACACCUUCUCAGUGCACACCUACACCAGACCAACCAUCUGCCAGUUCUGUAAACGCCUGCUGAAAGGCCUGUUCCGCCAGGGCAUGCAGUGCAAAGAUUGUAAAUUUAACUGCCAUAAGAGAUGUGCAGCCAAGAUACCCAGAGACUGCCUUGGUGAGGUUUCCUUUAAUGGAGAACCAGCCAGUCCUGGCCCCGACUCUGAGACCACCAUGGAGGUGGACAACAGUGAUGUGAACAGUGAGGGCAGCCAGAGCAUGGAAGACCCAGAGGAGCCCUCCACCCCAGACGAUAAGUUCUACAUUGAAGGGCCCUGUCUGGAUGGGGACAAGGACGAGGACACAGUGAAGGCUAUCAGCCCCAUGACAAGCAGUUUCAUCCCCCUAAUGCGGGUGGUUCAGUCCAUAAAACAAACCAAGCGGAAGAGCUCAACCAUGGUUCGGGAGGGAUGGAUGGUCCACUACACCAGCCGAGACAACCUGAGGAAGAGGCAUUACUGGAGGCUGGACAGCAAGUGUCUGACCCUGCUGCAGAACGAAACAGGAACCAAGUAUUACAAGGAGAUCCCCCUGUCAGAAAUCCUGCAGGUGGWGCAGGCGCAGGACUUCCACAGCCUGGCCCAGGGCAGCAACCCCCACUGCUUCGAGAUCAUCACUGCCACUAUGGUCUACUACGUGGGGGAGAAUAACAGUGGUCACUUCCAUAACCCUACCCUGGCUGCCACGGGUGUGGGGCUGGAGGUGGCCCAGGGCUGGGAGAAGGCCAUCCGGCAGGCCCUGAUGCCCGUCACUCCGCAACCCAGUGUCUGCACUGGCCCCGGACAGGGCAAGGAUCACAAGGACAUUUCAAUCAGCAUAUCAGUGUCUAACUCACAGAUCACAGAGAAUGUGGAUAUCAGUUCAGUCUACCAGAUCUUUGCUGAUGAGGUCCUUGGGUCGGGCCAGUUUGGGAUUGUGUAUGGAGGUAAACACAGAAAGACUGGGAGAGACGUGGCCAUCAAAAUCAUCGACAAGAUGAGGUUCCCUACCAAGCAGGAGAGCCAGCUGAGGAACGAGGUGGCCAUUCUCCAGAACCUUCACCAUCCUGGCAUCGUCAACCUGGAGUGCAUGUUCGAGACCCCCGAGAGGGUCUUUGUUGUCAUGGAGAAGCUCCAUGGAGACAUGCUGGAGACGAUCCUGUCCAGUGAGAAGAGCAAGCUCCCUGAGCGUCUCACCAAGUUCCUGGUCACACAGAUCCUAGUGGCUCUGAGGCACCUCCAUUUUAAGAACAUCGUCCACUGUGACCUGAAGCCUGAGAAUGUGCUGCUGGCCUCCGCGGAGCCCUUCCCUCAGGUGAAGCUAUGUGACUUUGGCUUCGCUCGCAUCAUUGGCGAGAAGUCGUUCAGGCGCUCUGUGGUCGGCACACCCGCCUACCUGGCACCCGAGGUCCUACGCAGUAAAGGUUACAACCGUUCCCUGGACAUGUGGUCGGUAGGUGUGAUCGUUUACGUCAGCCUCAGUGGGACCUUCCCCUUCAAUGAGGACGAGGACAUCAACGACCAGAUCCAGAACGCUGCCUUCAUGUACCCUUCCACCCCCUGGAAGGACAUCUCUGGAGAGGCCACAGACCUGAUCAACAACCUCCUCCAGGUGAAGAUGAGGAAGCGUUACAGUGUGGACAAGUCUCUCAGUCACCCCUGGCUUCAGGACUAUCAGACGUGGCUGGACCUGCGGGAGUUUGAGACACGCAGAGGGGAGCGCUACAUCACCCACGAGAGCGACGACGCCCGCUGGGAGGAGCACGCCGACGAGCGGAGCCUGCAUUAUCCCAAGCACUUCAUCAUGGCGCCCAACCUGGACGACAUGGAAGAGGACCCCUAGUGGCUGGGAGGACUACCUGCAGGCUGCACGUUUCAGAAGGAGUUCACAGGGCAUCCUGGGACUCGGAGGCCCAUGACUGGUGCUUGGGUCCCUGGAACCUGCUACUGCUGGCUGAGACUAUAAGCUUAAACAGGGGGAGAUGCAUGUACCCUAUAUGUAUGUGCAUAAAGGUGUCAUUGUGCAUUACCACAUGGAACAGACAGGAGUUGCUGCAGUGGACAGGCAGAUGUGUGGUGGUACAGUAGCAUGACAUGGGAACACAUUCGUGGUGUUGGGAGGAAAGGCGUGACGAUCGAGAUCAAGAAUCUUCAGGUUGUUUGGUUUUCAUCACAUUCCAGAGACCCUACGUAUGUGGAUUCUCUCUUCACUGACUGUUCUCUACAAGCCAUAAUAUACAGCCCUCAUUCAACUCUGGACCUAGAUGCCAGUUCCACUGCAUUUUUUCAUUCUUCCCCUCUAAUCAGGGACUGAUUUAGACCUGGGACACCAGGUGGGUGCAAUUAAUUAUCAGGUAGAACAGUGAACCAGCAGGCUCCGGACCUCGUAGGGUAAAAGUUGAAUACCUCUGAUAUACAGUCUGUCUCAUGAGCCUGAAAGACGAACCCUAAGUGGUUGGUUAGUUGGGGAAUCCCUCAGCAACAGUAAUAAACAUUUGCACUGCCAUUCAACCCAGAAAAAUGGCUACAAUAAAAMAAAUCCAAGAGACAUUUCAGCUUUUCAGCUUCUAUAGCAUAUUUUUCUAAUGUUGUUAGUUUAUCAUGUGUAUUUGAAAUCUCACGACUACAUUGAAUUGUUAAUUUACCAUGAGUGCUAUUUUUUGAAAACAUUUAUUUCCAAUGGGUUCAUGUAAAGGCUGUUGAACUCAAAAACAUACAAAAUAUGCUAAUGUUUUGAAUAUAUAUUGAAAAUAUUUUGCUUAUUCGAUGGGAUGUUUUUGCAAUAUUUGUUAACACGUUGUAAUCUCUGGCUCCCUUAUUGGAUGCCUUGAAUGAAGUUGUGAACCAAUCAGCAGCUGCUACACACGGUCUUAACCCCCCUUUAGAAACUGGCCUGAGAAAAAAAAUCCUGCAAAAAUGAUACCGGUCUAACCAAAGCCUGAGAAAUCUUCCCAUAGAAAUAAUUACAUUUUUUAUGAUUCUACCUUUAUUUUUGUAUGGAAUUCUGGAUGUCAAUUGAAUGGAGUAGAGUGCGAAGUGUCACAAAAACAUUGAUAGGACCAAGCCUAGGGAAUUUUAGAUGUUAAUUCUCUGCUCGCAGCCAUAGCUUACAAAUGUUAUGUUUUUUCAAUGAAGUAAAGAUAGUUGAGAAAUGUUUUUUUAUUCAAGAACUGAUGUGACCUUCUCGGAGCUCUGCCUUAUUUAUUCUCCUUCUCUUUCAUUACAUGUGUGGUGUUGUGUUUUUACGGAUGAUUGACUGGAUUCACACUCAACGCCAGAACUGCUGCUGCUCCCGGUGAGGGAGCUGCAAGGCCAAGCAGUCCGGCAGAUUCACACAGGAUUUAUCCCAAAUGGCACCCUACUCCCUAUAUAGAGCACUACUUCUGACCAAAGCUGUGGUCAAAACCUGUGCACUAUAUAGGGAAUAGGGUGCCAUUUGGGAUGCUGACAAAGUCUGAUCAGUGACAGUGACAAAGCAUGGUAGGAUAAAAAGACCGCAACGGAUAAAUGGACUGAGUACUCUGUACUAUGUCAAACAAGC